AUGAGGAUAGUCAUAGAAAUAGAAUCAAAUGCCGUAUUUGAGGUCAAAUAUACGGCAAGCGAUAGAGCCGACCAGUUCCUCUCGCUCAGAAUAGUAUUCUCCAAAGACCUUGUUGUAGAGUUCGGUCCACAAGUUUGCAAGACUCUCGCCAACUCACCGAAUGGCGCUGAAGGAAACCGGGAAAAGACCGAAACCGUCUCAGAAGCAUGUCAAGACCUGAGUGACCAGAUUUCAUCAACAGUUACUGUAUGCAUGUUCAAUGGGACAAUGACAAGGCGGGAGGAAUACCGAAUAGAUGGUCAUGUUCAGCAUUCAUGCAGAGACGAGUCGACAAAGCUUCCUCACGAAGAAAAGGCAGAUUCACGCCUAAAGUCUGAACCAGGACUGGCCAUUUAUGCAGGGUCAGACUACCAGACGUCUGGGCCGGCAGUGGAUAUCCUGUUGGUGCGGCAACCUGUCAAGUGUGUCCGAGAGGAAUGCAAAAAAGGUGUUGCCAAGUCGGGUGCUCAUUCAGGACAGCAGUCCCUUGACAUUGAGUUAAUACGACUCGAAAAUCGGCCAAAUUCUGGUGGUUAA